CGCAAAAAAAAAAAUUAUAUAAAUAAAUAAUAGUAAAAAGUGCUGUUUAGCAAGCAAUAAAAAAUCUCUAGAAAUUGUCUUCUGUUUGUUAACGCGUUAUAUACAAACAUUUUUUAUUGGAUUCCAAUUGCAAUGUCAUCGAUAAUUAGUAGUUUUCAGAAAUUAUAUCGCAAAUGCUUAAGUUGCCCCGCCCAAGGGGAUCUGGGCAGACGUUACGAGUGCAGUGUUUGUGGUCAGGAGGUUAUCUAUUGUGGCAAUUGUUUUGACGAUGGCAAGAAUAAGCCAACUAAGAAACACAAGUAUUAUCAUCCCAUGAAGGCCAUAUACAAUCGGGCCACCUUUGAUCUUUAUUUUUGCGGUGAGGAAUUGAUUAAUGGUGAGGCGCCACAGAGUUUCAAGUGUGCAUUCUGCGGCGAAAUGGGUUUCGGCACGGAGGAGUUGCAAAUGCAUGUCCUGACCAAGCACAGCGACCAUCCCGAUGCUGAUGACCUAAUGGAAAUAUUCAAGCAAAUGAAUAAAGUAAAAAAGGGCCAAGACAAAAGUGAGCCAGAAGAAGAAACAGAUGCUCCAGCUAAGGCUGAGAAUGAAUCCACUGAGAUCCGUUGCCAGGAGAAGUCCCGUGGUGGUCUUAGCUAUGAGGUCAUACUGGCCGAACCGGCACCCAAUGUGGCCGUACCCAAGCGUCCCGUCACCCCUGGCAAGAAUGUCAGUGUGGAGGAGAUUGAGCAAAAACUAAAGGCAGCCGAAGAACGUCGCAUUUCAUUGGAGGCCAAGAAAAUGGCUGAGAUCUCAACUAAGCUGGCCAAGGUUGAGGAGGCCACGCGCAAAAAGGAUGAGAUCACCAAUGAGUUCAUCACUCAGACCAAGGAGCAAUUGGAAACGAAAAUGGAAUCGGUUGUCGAGAAGCGUGAAGCCAUCAUAAGUGACAUGAAGGAGAAGCUAAAGAUCCAUGCCCAGGAGAUUGAGAAAACGCGUGAGACAUUGGAGCAACAAAAGGCCAAUGAGCAAAAGGCAAUCGAAGAGAAAUUAAAGAUCGCUCAGUCUUUGCGUGAUGAAAAUAUCAAGAAAAUGUUGGAUCGCCUCAAGGAGCAUAACACAAUCAAAAUUGCCGAAAUCAAAACCCAGAACGAUCAAUUGGAAAGUCAAAAACUCGAGGAAAAAGCGCGCAUUAUCGAAAACAAAUUGUUCACCGCCGAGCAGAAUCGUGAAAAGGAAUUGCAAAAGAAAAUUGAGAAAGUUCAAAAACUUGAACGUCGUGCUGAACUGGUGCGUCAGAAUAAGGCCCAGACCCAGGAUAUGGAUGGUCAGCAGAAUGCCAUUGCCUCGUCUGGUUAAGUUUAACUUGGGGGAAAACAAUAAAAUGAAAUGGCGUAGAGCGUCAGACACACAGAUGGAGGG